AUGGACCCAUUUCUAGCCAGGCUUCCUGACGAAUUGAGAUCCAAAGUUGUAGGCGUAGUCAAUGUUGUGCCCGAAUCACUAGCGGUUUUUGAAGAGAUCUACAAGUAUGCAUCGUUAGACGAUGGGGGUCAAAGCCGGAAAACUCGGAAAGUUGAAGAAGUGGAUCAAAUUGAUUUCAAAGUGCCAGAUGAAUCACAGGUAAUUUUCUCCAUUGAAGAUGCUUCUAUUCUAUCUCCAGUACGAAAAAAGUUGAAUUUUGUAUUACAUCUCUCUCCAGAGAGCAAACCAAUGAUAUCAUUAAUUAAAGGUGACAAGAUCGAAUUAUCAAUCACAGAGUUGAAGAAGAAUAUUACAAUGGCUACAUUUUUACCUGUUGCAGAGAAGCAGAACUAUCUCUACAUCUUUAUUAAUUAUGCGAAUACCGUUGAUAACAAAUAUACGGACCCAGUGCUAAUGACUCUAAAUAAAAACACCAUGCUUACUCAAUUUAAGCAAUCGGGAUUUCUGGAUGCCUCUGUCGACGAUUUUACCAAGUGCAUAGAAUAUAUGAGAAAACAAGCGAUUCUUGCUGGGUUCAGAAUAUCAGAUCCGUUCUUUACAAACCAUCAGGAAGCGGAACAGAACAGUUCUUUCCAUGUUGAAUGUCAUCGAGGUACAAAGGAAGGUACAUUGUAUUUUCUGCCGGACCAUAUUAUCUUUGGCUUCAGAAAACCAAUUCUAUUAUUCAACUCGUCAGAUAUUGAAUCGAUUACAUAUUCAUCCAUUACAAGACUAACAUUCAAUGUUACUUUGGUUACUAAAGAUGGCAGCAAGUACGAGUUUUCAAUGAUUGAUCAAAACGAGUACAGCAAGAUUGACGAAUACGUUAGGAGGAAACAGGUGAAGGAUAAAUCUAUGUCGGAGGAAUUAAAAGCAAAGUCCAAGAACAAAGCCAACCAGGAUAACGAAGACGCGCCAUCGGCUUUGGAAGAAGCUGCCCAACAAAUGGGUAAUGGACCAACUCUUGAAUUGAAUUCGGACGACGACGAAGAGGCAGACCAGAAUUUCGAAGCAGAGAGUGACUUGUCAGAUGGCAGUGGCGAGGAAUCAGGUGCUGAAGAAGCAGAAGACGGUGAGGCAGAUUCAGAAAAUGGAAAUGAAGAAGGUCUCACAGCUAACAAUCAUGCGGUCAAAGAGGAUGAUUUUGAAGUAGGGUUGCAAGACAUUCCAAUAGAGGUGGAUGACGAAGACGACGAAGGUUCAGGAGUAGAAUACGCCUAA